GGUGCAAAUCAAUACAGUCCCCACCCACCCGCAUUCCUAUCCUCUCUUUAUCUCCGUCUCCUUUACAGAGUACAGAGAGGUGGAUUGAAAGCAACGGCAACAAAAAAAAAAAGGAAAAAAAAAGGCCCUCUCUCUGCGAUGCAUAGACAGUCACUGGGCUCGCCUGCCACGAAGCUCCAUGGCCAUGGUGGAGCCAAGGACGAUACCCUCAUUGUCGAAGAUCCAAAGCGCGGCGGAGGCGGCGACGACGACUACGAGUACAAAGCACUGAAGCCUCGCCGUUUGUCGUUGUCGUCUCCGACGCCUCUGAGGCCCGAGAAGUUCGUCCACAUCAUCCCCCUACUCACCCUCCUCUGCUUCCUCAUUCUCUACCUCUGCUCCCACAGUCCAUCUCAGUCUGAUUUGGCUCAGUUCAAUGGAUUUAAGCGACCGGCGAAGCUCAUUGAUCACCCGACCGAGAUUAACGAUGUCGAGCGACAUAUUGAGCUCCAAAAAGGCGAUGUCUGGGCGAUCCGAAGCCUCCGCAACUUGCGAGAACUGGGAAAACGGUCCCCGAAAUCUCGCUCCCACCGAAAACUCGCCGAUUUAUAGACCGCAUUUUCCGGUUCUCUCUCUAGAAUCCAUACGAGAACUCCAUCUUCCAUACAAAUAAUCUUAUUUUUUGUUCUGUAAUCUAACACGUGUAAGUACAUUGGUUUGCAGCAUGCCUUUUUUGUUUCGGAUCUGUAGAAAUUAAUCGUUAUCAAGCGAACAACAGAUAUCGUCGUCUCCAAUCCGAGACAGAAUAAUAUUAGAAGAACAGAGAAAUAAACAAGAUUAUUUUUUCA